AUGGCUGGAACUAAGUCCUUAGAGGCAGAACCUGUUUCUGUGGGGGACAGCACUCAUCUCAACACACAAGUUUUGAAGGAUCCAGUUAAGCCUGCAGACUCAGGAAUUGAUUCUCGGCCAUCUUCAACUUCAGCAAAGCCACCAGUAAAACAACCGAAUUACUCCGAGUGGCCGCUGGAUUGGAAAGCUUCGGCUGCUGCUAAGAAGAUUAUCAACAACAGAGACAAGUCCUUGAAUCCCGACAUGUCCUUACCUAAAGCCGUCAAACCUACUCCGAAAAGUUUCUCUCUGUUAGAACCUUCUCCACGCUUCAAAGCAUGGAGAAAAACACGGCAACUUGAGAAAGCAAUGGCCUUCAUUUUAGAGAGAAAAGCACAUUGGGUUUCAGACUGGGCUGGAACGAUAGCAAACAAACAUGCAAUAUCGACUAAAGUGCCUUCACAUUAUCUUGGCCUAAGCCAUAAAACUUGGGAUAAAUUGAUCUCCUAUGCGGAUUUACUUUUGAAGAACGGAGUGCCAAUACAGGUAGAGAAAGACUUCAUAAAGUGA